GCCAGUUUUAUUACUGUUGUUGGUUGCUUCUCUCAGUUGGACAAGCAAACUCCAUUUGCUCUCUUUUUCUCUCUCGAAACUCUUCUCUUUGAAGCCAUAGAACUUGAAAGAAGGAAACCAUGUCGUCCCCAAGCAAACGCAGGGAUAUGGACUUGAUGAAAUUGAUGAUGAGCGACUAUAAAGUUGAUAUUAUCGGUGAUGACGUGCAAGAGUUCUAUGUUCAUUUCCAUGGACCCAUUGACAGUCCUUAUCAUGGAGGUGUGUGGAGGAUAAGAGUUGAGCUGCCAGAUGCUUAUCCAUACAAAUCCCCCACGAUAGUCUUUAUUAAUAAGAUCUAUCACCCAAAUGUUGAUGAAAUGUCUGGCUCAGUUUGUUUAGACGUUAUCAAUCAGACUUGGAGUCCCAUGUUCGAUUUGGUAAAUGUAUUUGAGGUGUUUCUACCACAGCUUCUUCUGUAUCCCAACCCAUCAGACCCAUUAAAUGGAGAGGCUGCAGCUUUGAUGAUGCGCGACCGGUCUGCUUAUGAACAAAGAGUUAAAGAAUACCGUGAGAAAUAUGCCAAGCCAGAAGAUAUAGGGGCAGCUCCAGAAGAAAAAUCUAGCGAUGAGGAGCCAAGUGAGGACGAAUACGAGUCUGAGGAUGAUGAAAUGGCAGGCCUAUCAGAUCCAUAGCAAUCGACCACCAAUCCUCUCUCAACUGUUGUAUCCGUACAUCAUGAUGAUGAUGUUUUUAGCUUCACUCUAUGGACUUGUGUAUUGGGUCAUAGCCUCUCUUUUAGUUCCCUCCUGUAAAUGAACGUAUCAUUGCUUCACGUUCCACUCCAUUUAUUUGAAAUUUUUUAAUUCACCGAGUAAUCCCAUUUCUUGUGCAUA